AUGGAAAUAGACACUGGCUCGGCGUUGUCGUGUAUUAGUAAAACCACGUAUGAAGAUACAUUUAAUCAUUUACCAUUAUUACCAUGUGAUUUAGCACUAAACUUUUAUGAUGGAACAAAAAUAAAGCCAUUAGGUUACUGCGAGGUUAAUGUGACAUAUGGGCGGUCUAGCAAAGUUUUAGACUUAUAUGUUAUUAAUAACGGUACUACUACUUUAUUAGGCAGACAGUGGUUGUCAGAACUUGAUAUCAGCGUACCAAAAUUUAAUGUAAACAGGUUAAACGAAUCAGCCAUGAAUGUAUCUUAUGCCGUAAAUGAAUUGUUUUCCAGCUAUGCUGAGUUGUUCGACGGCGGGCUGGGGCGCUUCACGGGUGGGCGGGCUCGGCUGGCGGUGCGCGCGGACGCGGCCCCGGUGUUCUGCCGCGCGCGGCCGCUGCCUUAA